CGUCCCUCCCCUUCCUUUCCCUUCCACUUUGCAUUUGUUUUCUCCCCUCCUUUCCCUCCCAUUUUUCAAGAAAGGAAGAAAAACGCAACUCCAUUUUCCCCCAUAUUCCAAAAACACAAAGCAAAAAACUCUUUCACCAUGAGAGGAGCCCACGGCGGCGCGUGCUCUCUCCUCGCCGCCCUCUCACUCCUCCUCGCCCUACAUUCCGCCAACGGCGACAACCCCUACCGCUACUACACCUGGAAAAUCACCUACGGCGACAUUUACCCCCUCGGCGUCAAACAGCAGGGGAUUCUGAUAAACGGCCAGUUCCCGGGGCCGACGAUCGACUGCGUCACCAACGACAACUUGAUUAUCAGCGUCUACAACUACCUCAACGAGCCAUUCCUCCUUUCAUGGUAG